CAGUCUAUUUUGCAAAUGUACAACAACGCAUGCACGAUACGUCGUGUUGUCACGUGCAUUUUGUGUCCAAUCAGCAGCACAGAAGUCGGAAGUCAACAAACACUUCCACGUGAAUUGUCAUUAUGUAACUGGCGAACUUCAGACUCGGUUAUAAAAGUAUUACCUACCAAGAUGGCUCUUGCCCAAGCUGAAAGGGCUAUUGGAGCAAUUAUUGGUGCAGCUGUUGGCGAUUCUGCAGCACAACCACUCCAUUGGGUUUAUGACUUGCAGAAACUAAGUGUGUUACUCUCUGAAAUGCCUCAGCCAGAAUUCUGGCCACAGUCGGCCAAUCCAUUUUACAGGAGAAACACUGGGCAGCAGAGCUGUUAUGGAGAUCAGGCUUUUGUGCUCCUGGAGUCCCUCUCUGAGUCUGGGGGUCUUAGUGUGGACGAUUUGCAGCAACGCACCUACAGGUUUUUUGGACCUGGAUCUGAAUAUGACACACCACUCAAUGAUCCAUACAGAGACAAAGGAGCUCCCAGGCCUCAACUACCUAUUGAGGGACCCUGGAGACAGGCAAGCCUUAAAAGCUUUAUUAAAAAUGUGGAUGCUGGCAAAGCAGAGACAGGUUGUGAAACAGAUAACCAAAUAGAUGGGGUGGCAAAGCUUGCUCCCGUUGUUGCUUGCUAUGCUGGAAAGCCAGAGAUGUUGGAGAGGGUUGAGGAAGUCAUCCGUGUCACUCAAAACAAUGACAUGUGUGUGACUGUGACUCUUGCUGCUGCAAGGUUCUUGGAGCAUUUCAUCCUGAAUGGUCCUGAUCCAAAGGCUAUGGAGGCUGUACUGGAACAGCUUAGUGACCCAAACAGAAGUAACCCUCAGGAGCUGGACAAAGCUAUAAUUGGGCACAUUCAUCAAGUAAAAGAGAAUCUGAGCAAGAAACACAAAGAGCUCAUUCCUGCUGUGUUCCCAAACACCUGAGGUUUGCCUGGUGCAUUCCAGGCAGCACUGCAUGGAGUUCUGACAGCCAAAAGCUAUGAGCAGGCUAUCCGAGACACCAUGAGCUGUGGGGGAUGCACCUGUAGUAGGAGCUCCUUCAUUGGAGCCUGCAUUGGGGCUCAGGUUGGGCUUGAAGGAAUCCCAUCUACAUGGAGGAGCAAGACUUUGCGAUACAACACUUUGCUAGAUCUAGCAAAGAAAGUUGUUAGUCCUUUAUAAGCAAACAAGUUGUUAAAUAGGAAAAUGAAAUAUAAAUAUUUCAGCUGCCUUUAGCUAAUCUUGCAGUUGUGAUUUAAUUAGACAAUUAAUGAAAGUUUUAGCUUUAAACUAUGGAAUGUUGGAACUUGAUAUCUUUGUUCUGUUAAAUUGCAGCAGGUCAUGCGGAAAGUGACAUAUAUUAAAGCGGCCCUAACACACACGGUUUCUGCCAAUCUCAUAUUAAUCUUGAGUAUCUAUAGAGUAGUAUUGCAUACUUCGUAUCUUCGAAGAGUAUUUAGUUUGAUCACAUUUAUAAAAGAUAGAUACAGUUGUACGAUUAUUUCCGAAAGCAUACGGCGUGUGCCGGGGGGGUAGGCUGAACUAAAGCAUGUGUGCACCCAUUGCCAACAAAACACAGACAUCAGUUUCACUCACCGCAUGCGGUUCAUGUCCGGCAUCUUUUAGCGCUGGGACAGCUCCAUAUAUCAGUUUCAAACAAUCUCCAAAUCCAGCGUUAUAUCCACCGUUUAAUAAAUAAAUUAUUUAUAAUAAAUACUUCACCACUGUGUAAAACAAUUAGAAUGAUCAUUUUUAAUUUCUGUAAACUGUAACGAGUGUAAAGAGCUCAUGAAGAUGCAAUAAUAAUAAGAUGCUAAUGACGCCAUCUGGUGGACAUUAGCUAAAAUGACAUUAGGAGAACAUUUCACAAAAGAAAAAAGUCUAUGGCCCAGUUUCACAGACAGGGCUAAGCUUAAACCAGGACUAUGCCUUAGUUAAAUUAAGAUAUUUAAGUCGUUUUUAUAAAAUUGCCGUAUAUAAAAACAUUACUGGUGUGCAUCUUAAGACAAAAGAAUGGCAUUGACAUUUUUAAGAUAUGUCAGGGCAAGUUAUUUUCAAGAAUUUAAUGCUCACAGUUAAGACAGCUCAAACUUUCGUUUUAGUCUGGGACUAGACUUAUGACAUAUAUGCCGGUUUCACAGACAUGGCUUGAGUACAUACUUAAUUAUUUUAUAUAUUUUAAAAUAUGAUGUUCACUUGCGUAUAUUGUGUACUGUUUUUAUUAUUUCUUCAUUAAGCAGCUUGUAUUUUUUGUUUUCUUUAGCCAAUAGAAGUUCAGCUCACUGACAUUUUCAUAGCUACAUUUAAUCAGUUCAUAUUACUUUACUUUUGUGAGAUGUACUUUUACAAUUAAGUUCAACUUUAAAAAGAAUAGCCUAUGCAAAAAAAAUGUGCUCAACAUAAUAAGUUUAACGGACAAAUCAAUGUUGAACACAAAAGCUCAAUUAUAAUACAAGUAAAAGGUCUUCAAAUAAUUAAUCAUUUAAACAGUCAGUCUGUACAUGGAGUAGCAAGACUGUGAUACAAAAUUGUCAGUCUAAAAUUAAUUUUAUAAGCAAACAAUUAAGUAGGUAAAUAUGAAAAUCAAAUAUAAAAUCUGUUUUGCUUAUGCAUCUUCUAUAACAGUUGUGAUUUAUUAAGACAAUUCUCUAAAGAUUUGGCUUUAAACAAUGUAACAUAGCAUUGUUCUCUUAAAUCGCAGGUCAUACUGAAAGUGACAUAUAUUAAACAGAUGUUUACUGUGCCUCAGAGCCCUUGUUCUUUUCCUUGUGUUUACUCUGCCCAAAAAGAUAGGCUUAUAAGCUUUUGCUAGUGAACUAGUGGACGUUAGAAAGCUUACGUAAGGAGAGCAAACAUGAAACAGUUGGUCGUGGCAAUAUUGUAUAUUAAUUACGAAUGUAUUGCCUACACUAAAUUAAGAGAAAUUCAAACUUUAACAUGUAAAAAGCUGUAGGAAAAAUGUGUCUAUAUGUCAAGAAUACAUAUUUAUUUAUUUACAUAUCAUGAUAUACUAUAUAUUUAGAGCACUAAACUGUGUACUGACGGUAGCUAUUGUUGCGGAUUGUAUCUUUUGUUUAAUUAAUAUAAUAAACAUUCAUAUAACACACACGCACUAAUGUCAUAAUCUCAUUCACUAAUAAACCUACACGUAAACCUGGAAUCUGCACAUUACAUCAUCCACCAUGGUGCCUUUUUAUUGUCCAAAUUGUUAUUUUGCUGUUUUUCUACAGUCUUGUGUAGGUCUUGCUGUGAAGCGCUUUAUUGCUACUGAUGCCACCUAAUGGAAAUUAGGAAAAUGACAUCAGGAAAGCAAACGUAACAGUUAGUUGUUUUGGGAAAUUCUGUAUAGCCUACUAUACUGUGAAUUUUCGAGAAUCAAACUUUUCAACAUAGAAAAAAGCUGCAAUAUGAAAAAUACUUUAAUAAAAGUCUAUAGGUCAAUAAGAAAU